AUGUCCACCCACACCACCCCCCUCCUCGACAGGAAGGUGCUACUAGCCCUCGUCCCCCUCGCCUCCCUCGCAGCUUCCCACCCACACGAGGGCAACCCCAACGCCAACGGGCCCUUGCACUUCUCCGAAAUUGCCCAAAGCAUCGCGGCAGCGACGAUCUCCACCCAACCAUCGUUUGCCCCUGCCCAAGGAAGCAGUAGCAGCCACUCAACACACCUGACCCCUUCGCUCCUUCACGGAAUUCUCCCAAACAUCACCAUCUCAACCAGCACAUCCACAUCCACAUCCACAGAUACAGACCCCCUCGUCAUCAUCCCCGUCACCGGCACCGUAACCGACCUCGUCAACUACGACACUUACACCAUCCCCGCCUCCCUACCACCCCUUCCUCCGCCGCCCAGCGCCACCACCACAACUACAUCGGGGGCAGAACAGGAGACAAGGACGCAUACGGUUUGGGCAACUGUUGUCAAACAGACUCAGGUGGUAACUGUCGUUAAGACACUUGCGCCUGAGCAUACCUCGUCGAUGACGUCGAGUCAGGCAUGGCCUAAGGGGGAGUGUACGGGGAAAGGAGACGUGGCAGUUAAUGGGAAGUGUGUGCCUAAGACGAUGGUUACUAGUACUACGAGGGGAACGAAGUCGUCGACUUCAACCUCUAGCAGCGUCUCCUUUACGAUCACUUCCCCAACUUCUACAACUCCCCCGAUUACUUCAACUAGCAGCAAAUCCACACCCACCUCAACAGACACAGACACAGACCCCCUCGUCAUCAUCCCCGUCACCGGCACCGUAACGGAUCUGAUCAACUACGAUACUUACACCAUCCCCGCCUCCCUGCCUCCUAUUCCUACUCCUCUCAGGGCUAGCGCUAGCGCUAGCAGCAGCCAGUCUUCGACAUCAGCCUUGACGUCAGAUGAUGAUCCAUUGGAAAUCAUCCCCGUUACUGGUACCGUUACGGAUCUGGUUGACUACGAUACGGUGACGCUGCCGAGUGCGACUGCUACUACGGUGGUGGUCAUCCCCGUCAGCAGCAGCAGUAGUAGUAGUACAAAGAGCCAGAACGUGGGACAGAUGCUGGAACAUAUCCAGGGGAUGGGACAGAGCAGCCGUGUUGUGGUGCAUCCUACUGUGAACGUGGGGGAUAGGUUGACGGUUCUGAGUGGGAGUGAUGGGAGGACUACUAUUACGAGGGCUAGUCCUACGGCUACAAGCAGUACGGCGGCAGGGGGGGAUGAUGGGAAGGUCUGUAAGGAGGAGUAG